UCAACGUUUGCGCGCAUUGCAUUCGGCACGGUUCCAUUCAACGUUUCAGUUGUAAAGUGUUUGUCAGGCGGAAAGGUUGUUUUUUUUAUCCGGAGCGUCUACGUUUGUUGUUAACAAGAGAAAAAUCAUUUCAUUUUUGUUUCUUACACAAUAUAUAAUAUUUAUCAUCAUUGUGUGCCCACUGCGGUUUCUCACACCAUAAACGAACUGUGUUGAGUAGUGCUCGAAAGAAUAAGACAAGUGCGAUAUAAAUAACGCACGCUAAACGCAAGCGACUGACACAAAUAGCAUUCACACAAUCAGCUGUAUUUUUCUGUGUGAUUCGUUCAUACAACAAAAACUUCUAUUGUAACGCAGCAAGUGUUUAAUAAGUCGAAAAAAUGUCAUCAUCAUCACCACAAGCAACACCUGUUAAAAAGAUACCCAUUCAUUUGCAAAGCUCGCAGAGUCGGCUUUACAUUAAACGUGGCCAAGUUGUGAAUCACGAUAGUACGAUUGCGGCUGAUAUCUACAUAGAAGAUGGUAUUAUAAAAUAUGUUGGACCAAGCGGGGAAUUUGUUGUUCCAGGCGGUGUUCGGGUGAUUGAUGCAGCCAAUCGUCUAAUUUUGCCCGGUGGAAUUGAUCCACACACACAUAUGCAAUUGCCAUUCGGUGGCGCUGUUGCUGUGGAUGAUUUUUAUAAAGGAACAAAGGCGGCGAUAGCCGGAGGAACCACCACCAUCAUAGACUUUGUUUUGCCAAACAAAGGUCAAUCGCUUUUAGAGGCAUACGACCAAUGGAGAUCAUGGGCUGAUCCAAAAGUGUGCUGUGAUUAUGGUUUGCAUGUGGGCGUCACAUGGUGGUCGAAAUCGGUGCGUGAUGAAAUGCGAAUUCUAUGCGAAGAGCGUGGUGUGAAUUCAUUCAAAAUGUUCAUGGCAUACAAGGGCCUCUACCAGUUGGAAGAUUCCGAUUUGUACGAAGCGUUUGAAACUUGUAAAGAAUUGCAGGCCCUUGCUCAAGUACACGCUGAAAAUGGCAGCAUUAUCGAAAAAAACACUGCGAAACUGCUGGCAGCAGGCGUUACGGGACCAGAAGGCCACGAAUUGUCACGCAGUGAAGAAGUCGAAGCAGAAGCCGUCAAUCGAGCGUGCAUCAUUGCUCAUCAGGUUAAUUGCCCGUUGUAUGUAGUUCACAUUAUGAGUAAAUCGGCAUCGAUUGAAAUUGCCCGUGCACGUCGUCGUUACAAGGGUGUGGGCAUAUUUGCAGAAACAUUGGCUGCCACUUUGGGUAGCUAUGAAGCCCACCAUUCAUGUUUCCGACAUGCGGCUGCACAUAUUCUAAGCCCACCCUUGAGACCCGAUCCAAAAACACCCGAAUUCGUUAUGAAAAUGCUUGCAAAAGGCCACUUGCAAACCACCGGAAGCGAUAAUUGCACAUUCAACCGUGAGCACAAAGAAUUGGGCAAGAAUAACUUCACCAAAAUUCCCAAUGGUGUAAACGGAGUGGAGGAUCGUAUGUCGAUCGUUUGGGAAAAGGGUGUUGAAGGACGAAUUAUUAGUCCACAGAAAUUUGUUGCAAUCACCAGUACCAAUGCGGCUAAGAUCUUCAAUUUGUAUCCACGCAAAGGACGUAUUGCCGUUGGUUCGGACGCUGAUAUCGUAAUAUGGAACCCAGAAGCGACCAGAGUCAUUUCGGCCAAAACCCAUUACCAGGCAUGCGACUUCAACAUCUUUGAGGGCAUGAAAGUGCAUGGAGUACCAGAAGUGGUCAUCGUGCGUGGAAAAGUGUGUGUUGAAAAUGGCCAGGUGCGUGUUGCAGAAGGUCAAGGUCGUUUCAUUGAAACACCAAUCAAUGCACCAUACGUGUAUAACCCGUUGAAUGGUGAAUCGAACGGUGAUGAAGUUGACGACCGUGAAAAUGGUGACGAUAAAAAUGGUGCUAUUGAGCAAUUGGAAAUUGAAAUUCCAGUAAUUGAACCGAUCGCCAAGUACUUGGCAGGACCAGCUCUAAGCAUUACAUCGGAAACACCAUCAACAGCUCAAUCGAUUUGCGGAAGAGGAGCACGUCCAGAUGGUCAACGCAAUCUUCAAAAUUCGUCAUUCUCGAUUAGCGAGGAACUCGACAACAGUGCAACACGUUCAACAAUCAAGGUGCGAAAUCCUCCAGGUGGAAAAUCGUCUGGAUUCUGGUAAAUUUCAGCACUCAACCUCCCGUUUACACAAUAUUCUACACUACACUACACACACACACUAAAACAAAUGGAUUUGGGGACAUCAACAUAUAUAACGAAAAUGGUGCAAAAAAGCAGACCGUAGUGAUUAAGUACAAAUGAUACUAACUGAAAAGAAAACAUAGUACGCGGAAUCACAUGAAUCUAUUAAUGUAUUUAAUAAUCACAUUACAAUCCAUUUCCCCUUUUUCCCAUUUUGUAUGCGCAAUAAAUUCAUUAAGCAGAUGCAGCCUUUGAAAAACGAUUGUAUCGGAAAAUUAGUUAGACAUUAGCUUAAGGUACGUUUCGCUUCAAGUUAAACUAAAUUCCUAGAUGAAAUGGGCCAGAGUAUGUGUUGAUUCGGAGCAGAUGCAAGUAGACUAAAUAUUUCCGAACGAAAAACAUUGAAAAACAGGAACAGACAACACAAAAACCAUGCAUACACACAGUCACAAUUAAGUCGCCAUCUCAUCGCCGAAAUUCCAAAGAUCGCUUUCUUUUUUUAAUCAGUUAAUAUUUAAAAGGAAAAUUAAUGGUGUUUUUAUGAAAAUGCAUGUAUUUGUACAACAAAUAUACAAUAAUAAUAAAUUACAAAAUCGACA